AUGAUCAGCAUGUCCAAGCAAGGUCAGGAAGGAGAUCACUGUGCUCAGGACGACGCCCGCCUUCCAAGCACACAUCAAGGUAAUGCUUCUAACAUUAACCUGAGCAAGCUGAAGCAGGGCGAGGCCGAGCUUGUCAGUGCGUACGAGGAAGACAUUCUGAACGCCGACACCGUGACCUACAUUGCAACCUACAACCUCAACGAUCAGCUCAAGAGCAAUCGCAUAGACUCACUCGAUUGUGUGAUCGACGACACAGUGACCUACAUUGCAACCUACAACCUCAACGAUCAGCUCAAGGGCAAUCGCAUAGACUCGCUCGAUCAUGACGAACCAGCGCGUGGUCACCAGAACGGCACCGUGCCCACCAACUGCAAGGAUUGUCAAGACAGGACCAACGUCGUGCAGGAGUGA